GUAUGACAAAUAAUUUUCUUUAUUUCAGGAUCAUGGAAGCAAGGACAGAACAUCAGAUAGUCCGUCACUAUCAGGCUUUCUAUUCCUUCACUGUAUCAAUGGGAAUAGGACUCGUCGCUCUGGUACUUUUCUGGAUUCUUUAUUAUAGAGGAGGAUUUGCCUGGCAGUCAAAUCCUAAUCAGGAAUUUUAUUGGCACCCCUUCCUAAUGAUCCUGGGUUUAGUAUUUAUAUAUUCACAAUCAAUGCUUUGCUACAGAAGCCUACGUAACGUACAGAAGAAAACAUUGAAAAUAAUCCACGCCACACUCCACUUUUUGGCAUUUGGUAUGUCGGUAAUUGGAUUGAAAGCUGUGUUCGAUUCCCACAAUUUGAAGAAUACUCCAAAUCUGUACAGUCUCCACUCAUGGAUUGGUUUGGUUACUGUAAUUAUAUUUGCCGCACAAUUUUUAGGUGGUUUCACUAGCUUCCUAUAUCCCGGACUGUCAUCGGCUUUUCGUAAAGCCAUUCUUCCCGUUCACACAUCUUUUGGCAUCGGAUGUUUCACACUCGUCAUUGUAACAGCAAUGACCGGACUCACCGAGAAAGUUUUGUGGACUCUCACUGACAGCUACUCCAAGUAUCCUUCAGAAGGAGAUUCCUCAGAAAUGGAGAGUUUGUAUAAAAAUGAAAUUAUUCAGUACUUCACGAAAGCACUCUAUGAACUGGUCGGUGACCGUAUUGAGAAAAAAGACUGGAAAUAAAUCAGGAACCCUACAAACUAA